CACAAUAAUGAGCGCCUAUGAUUGGCUCUCCCGCUUGGGGGCGGUGGCGAGGAGGCAGCGGCCUGGGCAUUUGCAGGGACCGAAGCCUCUUCAGCUCUCCCUCUCUUUGCUGCGGCUGCUUUAUUUUUAGCCGGUAGAUCAGUUCAACUCCGCUGCCGUUGCAAGAGGGGAGGCUGGUGGGAGGGGACAAGGCAGAUUUCUAGCCGGGUGGGAGGAGAAGGAGGAGAAAGCCUGGGGCACCAGGGAAGAGGUUACCGCAUGCACGAAGUGGCAGCGGCCGCCGUCGCCGGCUGGGCUGCAAGCGGUCACCGCCUCCCUUCGCAGCUGCUGGGGGUAAACCGCGGCCUCUGGCUUUUCCUGUGUCACCCCCUGGACCGAUCCGUUAGCCGGAGCCCAGGCUCCCUGCUGUAGCAGCAGGGACACAGGCUCGCCUUGCAGAUGGCCAGUCCUGGUUUAGAUCUGGCGGAGGAGGCGACGCAACCUCUGGAAGACCCUCCCCAGCCUGAACCAGCUUUUGCCGAAGCUCAGCGGUGGAUCGAGCAAGUAACGGGAAGAACCUUUGGUGAUAAAGAUUUUCGGUCUGGAUUAGAAAAUGGUGUUCUGCUGUGUGAGUUGCUGAAUUCCAUAAAGCCUGGAUUAGUCAAAAAGAUCAACAGACUGCCAACUCCCCUUGCAGGACUGGACAAUAUUGCCUUGUUCUUAAGAGGCUGUAAGAAACUGGGGCUUAAAGAAUCUCAGCUUUUUGACGCAGGAGACCUUCAGGACACCUCAAGCAGAGCAACAGUCAAGAAUCUUGACUGUAGCAGAAAGCUGAAAAAUGUUUUAGUCACGAUCUAUUGGCUGGGGAAAACAGCAAACAGCAGCACUUACUUCAGUGGAGCAACGCUCAACCUGAAGGAGUUUGAAGGAUUGCUAACCCAGAUGAAAAAGGAGACUGAGGAGGAUGUUGAGAGCCCCAAGCGCAGCAUCCGUGACAGUGGCUAUGUAGACUGUUGGGACUCAGAACGCAGCGAUUCUCUUUCUCCUCCUCGCCAUGGUAGGGAUGAUUCUUUUGACAGCCUGGAUUCCUUUGGCUCCCGCUCCCAGCAGACACCAUCUCCAGAUGUGGUGCUAAGAGGAAGCAGUGAUGGGAGAGGAAGUGAUUCAGAAUCCGACUUGCCACAUCGAAAGUUGCCAGAUGUGAAAAAAGACGACAUGUCUGCAAGGCGGACAUCCUAUGGUGAACCCAAAUCUGUUGUGCCUUUUAAUCAAUACCUCCCCAAUAAGAGUAACCAGACUGCCUAUAUUCCGGCUCCUCUCAGGAAGAAGAAAGCUGAACGGGAGGAGUACAGGAAGAGCUGGAGUACUGCUACUUCUCCACUAGGAGGAGAGAGACCUUUGAGCAAAAGCCACCCUGAAACUAUAGAAGAAGAACAAAGUGAAGUACUGGUGCAAUCUGAAGAAGAGUGUUUGGGCUGUGGAGUUUCUGCUGCAACUCCCCCUGCAAAACCUGUUCAGACAGAAGUGAAUCAAAGAGACCCUUUACAUCAGUCUCCUACAUAUUCUGCAAACAAACCAGCAGGGACCAGAAGUAACGAAAAAGAUCCCAAGGAACUCAGCAAACUAAGAAGGCUUGAACAGGCUGGUAUUAAGAUCAUGCCAGCAGCACAACGCUAUGGUAGCAGUCAAAAGCAGAUGUGCAAAAUGGGUGAGCUUACUCCAGAUAUCAUCCUUCGCAAAGAGAACCCCUUUACAUUGUGCUAUCAACAAAAAGAUUCUGGCUCUGAAGAGGAACGGGAGGACAGAAUUCCUGACCUAGAGAAAGAUGAUUUUGCUAUACGUAAAGCAAGACUAAAUCAGCUCAAAGUUACAUUGCCAUUUAACCAAUAUCUGCUUGGAUCCUAUGCAAACAAAGAUCGAGGUAAAGUGGAAGAAGGGAAGAAACAAAAGAAAAAACAGGAGUGUUCAAGUGGAAAGAAGAUACGUAUGACUUCAACAAGGCCAAUGGUGAUAUGUGAAGACAAAUUAUUCCUGCAGUCACAGGAGGAUGAAUCUGAGGAAAAAGACCAAUCAAAAGUUCCAGACAUUCAAAGAGAUGACCUGGCUAGGCGAAAAAAUCAGGCUAGCCCCUCCCAGCUAGACUUGCCCAUUUUUGUGAGAGCUUCUAUAACGGAAGCAGAUCAAGAGAUCUGGGACCGACUGAAAGUUUCAGGGAAGACCAGUGACGAGGCGCUUACGGAUGCUCAAGAUUCUUUUCUGAGCUCUGAAAUGGCAGUGGAGGCUGCUGAUCGUAACAGUUUUGCAAGUCACAAAGUAAGAAUGUGCAAGGCCACCAGCCCCAAACAGAGGUUUGUGCACUUUGGGCCAGUGACAGAAAUUGAGCAUCAGAAAUGGGAGAAUCUCUCAAUUGCUAGGGCCACGCCUAAAGAUGAAAUGGAAGAGGCAGCCAGUAGGGAAAGAGCUGGGGCUCUUGGGACUUCAAGUGAAUCCUCAUCUUUGCUGUCUGUGAGCCAUGUCAACUCCAUUGGUCAUACUGAUGAAUUCCACAGGCCCCAUGCUAAUCCCAGUGAAAUAAUAAUGUCCCAUAUGGAUGCAUAUAAUUCAUCGCUCUUGGAUGCUUGUGCUGAUUCUCAGAAGCAAACACCAAGCAGUUUGAGCGAAUGGCAUGAAAGCAGUGAGGAAGAGAUGGAUGGCAGCUUCCCAGAUAUUGAGAGAGAUGACAUGUUGGCUAGAAGAUUUGGAACUUUUCAGAAAUCUACUAGUCCAGUUUGCCCAUGUUGUCCUUCCAUUUCAGUAGUCAAUUAUCAUCCGUUGAAACAGGAAGGGAAACAGUGGAAGACUCCACAGAAAGCAGAAAGCAGAAGUUCCUCACUGACUUGUGCAACCCGACAUUGUCCUGGAGCUCCUUCACUUAUGUCCCUAAGUUCUAUUGUAACAUGUGAAGAUGGCUGUGGGAAGUCAAAAAAUCAAGAUGAGCACAAAAAUAAUACAACAGGAGACAAAGCUGGAUUUAGGAAUCCAGGGAAAGAUGACAUGAUGGUGAGAAGAACCGGAGCUUUUCUGAAGCAGACUGGACCAAGCAUUAGUCAAUUCCUCCCAGUUCCUUUCUCGAAGCAGCAGAAUGGUGAGGAAGCAACUAAGGAACUUGUAAAGACUGAACAGAAAGUUAAGAGCAUUACUAUGACAGACUCAACAGUCAUGGGAAAACAUGCAAAGCUUUGUGCAGAAAGCCCACAAAGGCUUGUAGUGCAACCUGAAUGCAAACUGGAACAUGAGAAACACAAUUUCCCUGGUCUAAGACGAGAAGAUGUGUCUUCUGUUGUUCAUAAGGACUUGUUUGACUCCAAGCCAGUCCCACUUGGAGAUUCUUUGGGAAUGCAGCUUAUUGAAAGAAACUGCAAAGAAUCACCACCACUAAAAGAUGAACCUAUGCAAAUAUUCGGCUCCAGAACUCCUGUGUCUGAUGACGCAGAGAGUGUGAGCAUGUUCGACAUGAGGUGUGCAGAUGAAGCUGCUGUGAUGCAACCUCACAGCAAAGCUCGCCACGAGAAGCUACAGACUAUUCACAGCCAACUGAAAGAGGAUGAGGACCGAUGGCAGGACGAUUUAGCCCGGUGGAAAAGUCGCCGGAGAAGUGCUUCACAGGACUUAUUAAAAAAAGAAGCAGAGAGAAAAAAGAUGGAACGAUUAUUGACUGGUGCUGAUGGGGCCAGCGAACGAAGGAAAAGCAUCAAGACUUAUAGAGAAAUUGUGGAAGAAAAAGAGAGGCGAGAGAGAGAGCUGCAUGAAGCAUACAAGAAUGCCAAGUCACGUGAGGAAGCGGAUAGUAUUCUCCAACAAUAUAUUGAGAGAUUCACAAUUAGUGAAGCUGUCCUUGAACGCUUGGAGAUGCCAAAAAUUCUGGAGAGAAGCCAUUCAGAUGAGCCAAAUUCAUCAUCCCCACCUAAGGACCCAAAUCCCCUGAGAUACUUACGGCAACAAUCACUCCCUGCCCCCAAAUACACUGCCAAGGUAGAGGCAACUAUUGCUCCCACCAGCGGAUCAGAAGCCAGCAUUUCAGCAGGCUGCACCUCUCCAAGUAAACCUUUUCUCUCCAAGGCUGUGCCUAUGCUGACACCCAAGCCUUACUCGCAGCCCAGAAACACGCAGCAGGUUUUGAAAACCUUUAAGAUAGAUGGAAACGUCAGCAUGAAUGGACAAGCUGUUAAUGGAGUGGAAGAGGAGCAAGAGAGAGAAUGCGCUACAUUAAUAUUUGCCCCUUCGCCAAGUCGAUCACCAAAGUCUGACAGUGUGGAAGUGGAUGGUGCCUCGGUGGAUGGGGAGCAAAAUGCUACUAGCACUGAGCUUGUACUUAAGAGGCUCAUUGAACACAGCAAAGACAGAGAGCAGACAGGCACCUUGAUUGAAGAAGCUAAACCAAUCAACCAAGACGACAAAACUGAUCCAGAAAGGCCUUCUUCAGACCACAAAGAAUUCAGCACAACGGUUUCCUGUGUCAGCCCUACAGUGGCCAUUGUGGAGUUCUCUUCCCUCAGUAAUCAUUACAAGGAAAUGGGUUCAAAGGAUGAGCUGAAGAAACUUGAAAGAGGGCAACAGAAGGAGGAAGAAGCACCAGUUAUCCAGAAGGUAGAGAUCUUGGAAGCCCCUGUGCAAGAUGGAGGCAUUGUACUUCCACUUCUGAAGAUGAUCCCUGAGAAAAGCCAAGUAGUUUUGCAGCAUUCUGCCCCUCAAGCCAGCACUGAAAACAGUGGCAAAUCAAAUCGUUUUGGUUGCUGGUCUUGGGACCCAGAACAAGAGCGUAAGCGACAAGAACGAUGGCAGCAUGAACAGGAGCGUUUACUUCAGGAAAGGUAUCAGAAAGAGCAGGACAAGUUGAAAGAAGAAUGGGAAAAAGCACAAAGAGAAGUUGAAGAGGAAGAGCGCAAAUACUAUGAAGAGGAACGCAAGAUCAUUGAGGAUACUGUGGUUCCAUUCACAGUUACUUCAAGCUCUGCAGAACCCUUGUCCACAUCUUCCUCUGUGACAGAUGGAAAUGGGACUAUGAAUAUGGUAGAUGUGAGCUACUCUGAAGCAGAGGAUAAGCAAAAGGAAGAUAGAACACUGAAGAAAUUAUUUUUUGGACAAGAUGGUGCAGCCUUUUCAAAAAACAAGGAAUAUGAGCCAUGGAAGGAAAACAUGAGCACUGCAAAUAAGGAAGAAUAUCUAGAAACCAGUAAACAGAAAGGAAAUGAGCAAGUUACCCAGAUAUCCAGACCAGAAUGUCUGCUGCCCACUGAGAUGACUUUGCCAUUACAUCAAGAUGUGCCGUGGAAUCAGCAAUUGUUAACUAAACAGAGCCCACAUAUUUCAGACACAACACAGAAAAACUCUCCAUUGGAACAUAAUUUAGAUCUGCCAGUCAGUUCCACAAGAGAAAGUAGGAGGGUGGGCUGUCAAGAGAGCUCUAGAACUGGGCCAUCAUCACCCUGUUCUCCUGCCAUUCAAAGCCAUUCACCCAACAGGUAUAAAAGGUCUGUCAGUGGAAAGAAACUCUGCUCCAGCUGUGGACAACCUCUUGGGAAAGGCGCUGCCAUGAUUAUUGAAACACUCGGUCUUUACUUCCAUAUUCAGUGCUUCAGGUGUGGAAUUUGCAAGGAACAACUUGGAGAUGCAGCGAGUGGAACAGAUGUCCGGAUUAGAAAUGGUCUUCUCAACUGCAAUGAUUGUUAUAUCAGAUCCAGAAGUGUGGCCAAUGGAAACACUUUGCUGAAGGUGACUAGUGUGCUCACAGCCUACGUUUUGUCUUCACAUUUCCUAGCUCACUUGCAAAUUUAGUACAAGGCAACCUGCGCCAAGCCAGCCCAGAGGGCAGUGCUGCCCAAAUUCCAUGCUGCAUAUAACGCCGCUGGUCAGCCAACAACUUUGUGACAUGGAUUUCAGUCUUGCUUACAAAUGUGUUCUCCAAGAUGGAUUGCAACCAUUGUGUUCCUGGGGCUGCUUCGGGGCAAUCAGUUGCAAGAGCUUAUAUCCAUGGACUUCAUAGCUCUCAUCUCAUCUUGCAAGGCUGGCAUAAAAGGCUACAUCGGCUACUUUCCAAUGCAAUACAUAAUUUUCCUUCCUUAAGUCACUGACAUUAGGUGUCUGAAGUGCAUCUCCAGACAUACAGCUCCCUUCCCCUCCCAUGAGAGCAUGUGUUCCAUGUUAUCAGUUAUGUUUGGUUUCUGAGUCUGCUCUUUUGAAAGUAACAAGGAAAUAAAGAUGCAAUAAACCUGUUCUGUUUUGAAUACGACUAGGAACUGAGAAUCUUACGUUUACACAACUUUUGUAGAUGUUCUAUAAUAUGCCAAUGUAUAAAUCUAAUUAGUUACAUUUGAAAAAGUAGAAAAUUAAGCAGCAUCACUGAAAGCAGCUUUUCUAUUACUGAAAUGGUAACUUUUUAUAUAUACAAAGACACUAGUUUGAUCAAACUACUGUAAUACUGAAACAUUUUACUAUAUUACUUUCAGUGUAAGACAGGAACUGAGUAAACAGAUUAUUUCAUGUUCAGACUGCAAUCCUGCACCCACAUACCUGGGAAUAUGUCCCACUGAACUCAGUGGGGCUUACCUCUGAGUAGGCAUGCAUAGAAUUGGACUAUCAGUCAUGCAAUCUGUGUGUGCAUCUAAUAAUGCUCCUUGUAAUAACCAACAAUUUUACCGAAUGAAUGUGUUUUCACUAAACUUAAUUAAUACAUGCAUUCGCAGUUUCAGAAAUACCCAACAGAGAUGGCCAAGUGGCAGCCUGCGAGAGUAAUUUACCAGCCUCUGAAGUAAUUUACCAGCCUCUGGUAACCCUACCUAGUUUUAAUCAGGAUGUGAUAAAGCCCAUAGGAGAAAAAACUUCCCCUGGAAGCAUAGAAUUGGUACCUAAAUGGUCAUCUGAUCCAACCUCAAUACAAAUGUGAUGCUGUUUCUCUCCUUUGGAGCUGGUAUUUAAUGGUCCAUCUAUGCCUUGGUGCACAUGGACUGUAACUGAAAAUGUAACUGCUAGGUGGCACACUUUUUAUGGAGUCUGACCAAUAAAUGUCUGGGUCCCCAUUCCACUUGCUGUCUAGAGAAUAGAAUCGCUUCUGAGGAUGCAGAAUUUGGGCCUACCCCAGGAUUACCAAUAAAAAGUCCUUAAUAGAAAUACUGUAGAAUGACCUGUUGCAAAUGCUUCCCACAAUGUGUGUGGAACAACAUCGUAGACCAAGGACGCUCAUUUGCAAUAACGUGGAAAGAUGUAUGCGCACAGUAGGAAUGUAUUCACAAAGCCUGAAGACAGUGGAGCAGAUGCUGUAUAUGCAUGGGAACCCUCCAGAAUGUUGGGUUGUAGACACUUUGGUUCUGCAGAGACUGGGCAUACCUGAAGUUGAAUAUUCAAUGAUGGGUACAACUUAGGGACUACUGAUUUAUACCCUCCCCCCAUUCUCAGUAAAGUUGCUACAUGUGGAGUCAUUUGCAUAGUCCAUUAAAGUUCUGUACUCCAAUGGUACCGUGUAUACUGAAUUUAAAGGAAAACAGCAGGACCCCCAGAGCCAAAGGAAUAUAUGAUAUUAAUCAUAUGAUUGAGGCUGAGAUCCUAAGCUCACAUGCUUUAAAAUCAGCUCAGUUGAAGUCAAUGAGAUGUACUUCCAAAUGAACAUGCUUAUAAUUAGAGUAUACACACAAAAAAUCACACACCCUUAACUCAAGCACCUCCAGGAUGGAUCAACUGCUAGUAUCACUCAUCAAGUGUUGGCUCUUCUCAGACCAUUUCCUCCUAUGCCUGCAGCCAAAUAUUCCAAAAAAGAGUGAAGCUUUGUUGCUGUUAUGUGCCUUCAAGUCGAUUAUGACUUAUGGUGAUCCUAUGAAUCAGCAACCUCCAAUUGCAUCUGUCAUGAACCACUCUAUUCAGAUCUUGUAAGUUCAGGUCUGUGGCUUCCUUUAUGGAAUCAAUCCAUCUCUUGUUUGGUCUUUCUCUUUUUCUACUCCCUUCUGUUUUCCCCAGCAUUAUUGUCUUGAAGACAGCUUGAGCAUGUAUUGCAUUUUUUCACAUGACUCCAGGGCAGUUAUUGCCCUUAGCAGCACGAUCUUCCCUUUUCUAUUAUUGAUUCCCACAACAUUCUGUAUCAUAUAUAAUGGGGGAGAGGAACUGCGUUAGGGGGAUAUAUGAUGUGGUUACUUCCCACACUGGUGCAUUGCCCACACUGACAGCACAGGUAUUGGAAGUAGCCACACACAUAGGUUCCUCCCACAUAGUCUCUCCAUUGCAUGCAUGCAUCCAUAUAUUACUUUCUGGAGCAUCGUGAGAAUGUGCCAUCAGGAAGCAGCAGCAGCAAUUGUGCUUUUAAGAUACCUUAAGAGCCAGCCCUCAUAACUGAUAAGUUUGAAUGUAUAAGAAGUGAAAGACAGGCCAAAAAUGUGACAUUUGAACCUGAAUUUAAGCUCAUUCAGUUCAAAUGCACUGUGUAGGUUUCUACAUAACAUUUUACCACUGGCCAUGGAACUGACGUGGCUAUCAGAGGCAAUACAUUAAGUUUAGCAUGCUACUGUUGUAAAAUAGAGGUUUGUGGACAGUACUCUGGUAUCUUCUGCAAGCUGAGUAAAGGACACAGUGAGUUGGAAGCAUAUGUAGUUAGCACCAAAAUAUGGUCUUUAAAAAAGAAAAAUAGAAGAAAUAAAAAAUAAAAGAAUAAAGAAUAAAAGAAAAAACAAAAUUGAGAUUCCUUGUAUGUGACUGUAUUUACACAUCAGUUGUCUCUUGAUGUGUUAGCAAAAAGAAAUCGUGGACAUUUCUUAGGUAAGCAAUAAACACUUUCUAAGAGUGACACAGUAACUAUUUUUUUAUGUCUAGGCAGACCUUGAUGUGCAGUUGCACACACAUGCAAAAAUGUCUCUUUUGUCACUCAAAGGCAUUUGUAUAUGAUGGUUGUCUAUCUUAAAACAUGACUGAUAGGAAAUUACACAUUUCAUUAAAAUGGUGCCUUAGACAAUACAAAGCUGUUGCACAUCUACCAGUGACGGAUGUAAUAAUUGUUUUGUGUUUGUUUUUUUAAGAGAAAAGAUAAUUCCUAAGGACAGAGAUUGGCAUUGAAGUUGUUCUACAAACAGAACAAACCUUGUGGGGUGUCCAUUUUACUCUCAUAUUGUGAGUAGCGACGGAUAUGAUUUGUUGGGGAUGCAUUAGGAUAACUUUGCCUAUGCAUGGUUUGUGCAGUAGUCACUCUUUGUGUAACAAGAAAUGCACAGUAUGAAAACUGUAGCCAUAGAUUUGUGUAUCUCCCUCUCCCCCUCCAAUGAUUAAUUCCCCUGACAUUUAAGAUUGCAAUUGUACAAACACCUAGGAAUAAGUCUAAUUGAAAACAAUAGGACUUACUUCUGAGUAGACGAGAAUAAGAUUGCAGUGUAGAACAUUCUGAAACUGGAGAGCAUUUCUAGUGUGCUGUGUAAAAUGAACUAACUGCAUAAUUAAAAGCUCAGAUGAUCCCAAAGUACAGGGGAGGCUGCCUGCUGUAUCUCUGCAUGAUGAACUGCUCCAUUCUUGCCUCCUUCCAAUCAGCCAAGGUGGAGGCAGAUCAUUCUGCUGUGUGUGUGUCUCUCUCUCCAUCACCCCAUCGCCAGUCAAAUGAUCCAUCCAUGACUAGGAAAGGGCAAUUUGUGUCCCAUGAGGACACUGGGCUCUACCCACCACAGCACUUUGUCUACUUUAAUUUUCUCCCCCCCACUUUUCUGCUGUCACUAAAAUCAGUAGGGCUCAGUGGGUGGGUGGGGGAGGAUAAAAACUGCUUGGAGGGCCAGAUCAGGCCCCUGAACUGGGGUUUAGUUAUCCAUACCACAUAAGACAUACCACAUAAGGACCCAACACUAAUAUUGUUCUGGAGUUUAUGCGGUUGCCAGUAUGGUAUUCUUCUCUCUAUUGACAGCAAGUGAGUUCUCCACAAACUGGAGCUAGGUGCAUUUUCUCCAAGCUGACGCACCACUGAUCUUCUCACUCUGCUUAUUGGUUAUAUGAGAGCAGAGCAGUUGCACAACUGUCCUGUGGAUUUGUGCUGAUGUCAAUGCACUCUUAAACACGGCAAGAUUGCAAUCUGGCAUAGGUAUUUAGUUCAUGCGGGAUUACAGAUAUUACAGAUUCCAGUGCACAGUUGGGCAUCUUAAAGGCCCUUGGGAAUCAAUGGUCCUUAAGCACACAACUCUGUGCUUGUUGUGCAUAAGCCAAUGGGAACUUCUGUAAGGCUCCCAUUGAAAUGAACAGAACUUAGCCCAAGAACACAAGGUUAUGUCCUCUUGUGUGGCUCUUGUUCCUUUCAGUGGGUCUUGCAUAGGAGCUUAUUACAAUAACUGGGGAACAGUUUGAUUUGAACUUGUAUGCAAAGACUGUUGUUUUUUAAACUACAUGCAAAUUUAUGAGGAUUAUGUAGAUCUGAUCCUGCUUUUAAUGCUAUCGACCUUAAAGCACUGCCAGUCUUCAGUAACAGGAUAACAGUAGCCAGACGUUACAUGCUAACAGCAUUUUUCAUGUGCAACAUUUUAUACACAAACAAGAUUUUAUGGCACAGCCACUUAUGAAUGUAGCUGAACAUCUUUCUCUUUGUAAACUAUAAGAUGGCAGCAGCUAAUUGUACAUGUAUCCAAACCUGAGUAAGCAAGCAUUACAGGUCCAGCUCCUCCAUGAAAAGUCAUUAGUCACCAGCACAGGGGUUUUUUUUUAACUGCCAACUCUUUGUCUUUAUAUUUCAUUUCAAAUUAUUGUGCACACCUCAGCCCCCCUCAUUAUUUCCAACUCUUUUUAUUAAUGUGUUAAUAUUUGUUUCAAAAAAUAAAUUGGGAAGGGUUGGGGGAAUGGCAGGGGGGGAAUUUAUUGCUACGUUGGUUUGAAAUGGUAAAUAUGUGUUUCAAAGAAUCAUUUACUGUUGAUGCGCCAAUAUAGUAAAUGUCAUGGUUUUUUUUAAAGUGUCCCUUCCCCAAAUAUACAUACAAAACUUUCAAAACUUCAUAGUGGUCCUUAUUGUUAUUUAGAAUUAAUUCCGUAUCCUCUGUAGUUAUCUAUAAGUGGUAUAAAAGUUGGUGAGCCAAAAGAGGGCUACUUUAUAUGUAAGAUCACCAAAGGACAAGAGUCCUACUUGGAUUAAUGUUGAAUACCAGUUACACUAACCUCCACUGAUGAUAUUUAUUCAAAAUGCCUCCUGGAAAGCAAGAAAAUUGUCUACAAUGCAACAGCUUUUAUAGCAAAUGUUAUGUUUAUAAAUAAACAUUAAUUAAAACCAA